AUGGCCUCCUUACUUCUCCCAGCUGUAUUCGCAGUCUUGGUUGUCUUUUGGCUGCUCGGUUACCUUUUCUCAGCGCCUUACGAUCCCCAAGAACCACCACUGGUCAAACCCAAAAUCCCCUUCAUCGGCCACAUCAUCGGCCUCCUCCGCCAUGGCACCAGAUACUACUCCAUGAUCGCAACCACCACCCACCACCCCAUCUUCACCCUCCCCGUCCCGCGCGGCAAAAUGUACAUCGUCACCUCCCCCUCUCUCAUCGCCGCCUGUGACCGGCGCGGCAAAGUCGUCUCCUUCGCCCCCUACGUAGUCGAGUUCGGCAAACGCAUCCUAGCCGGCAGCGCGCACAGUGUUGGGCUGCUGUCAGAGGACUUGCUGGAGGAGAAGGGACCGCAUGGGAGUUUGCGGACUGAGACUAUGGCGGCUAUGCAUCGGUCGCAGGUUCCGGGGCCGUACUUGGAUGAGAUGAUGAGGGUUACGUUGGUGAGUUCGGUUGGGUUUGUGGAUGAGACGUUGUUGGGUGGUGGUGGUGCGGGGGAGGGAGUGGAGGUUGGGUUGUUUGCGUGGGUGAAGAGGUUUAUGACGGUUGCUGGGACGGAUGCGGUGUAUGGUGCGGAACGGAAUCCGUUUCAUGAUCCGGAGGUGGCGGAUAGUUUUUGGGCCGUCGACAAAGACUUUGCCCUCCUCGGCAUGAUGUUCCUGCCAGAUUUGCUCGCCCCUAAAGGUAGCCGCGGCAGGAAACGUUUCUUCCAGGCUUUCCGGGAGUACUACGCAUCCGGUGGUCUCGAGACGGCGUCCUACCUCAUCAAGGCUCGGCACGAGGCCAACAAGAAAUACGGCAUCUCCGACGACGACAUUGCCCGCUUCGACCUCGGCGUCUGCACCGCCCUGCUCGUCAACACAGUCCCCGCCAUGGGCUGGAUGCUCUGUCACGCCUUUUCCAACGCGACCCUGCUCGCCACGCUCCGAAGCCAAAUCGAAGCCGUCGUUUUCCCCAACGGCGUUCCUCCUCCCUUUGGCACCACUACUAAUACAGCAACAAAAAUCAACAUCCACACCCUCACCACCUCUAUCCCCCUCCUCGAGUCCUUCGUCCGCGAAGUCCUCCGCGUCCAAAGCAACAGCGCCUCCGCCCGUUUCGUCCUCCGCGACACCCUCCUCCGCGACGACACCACGGGCGCCUCCUACCUCGUGAAAAAGGACUGCUUCCUCGGCAUGCCGUCGGCGCCGGUGCACGGCGACCAGACGGUGUGGGGCCCGGACGCGGGGGUAUUUGAUCCGGAGCGGUUCUUGCCCGAGCGCGUGGAGGGGAAGAAGAAGGUGCCUGCAUCGGCGUGGCGGACGUUUGGAGGGGGGAAUGCACUGUGUCCAGGGAGGCAUUUGGCGUUGAGGGAGAUUAUGAGUGUGUUGGUGGUGUUGGUGUUGAGGUGUGAGAUUGAGCCGUAUGAAUUGGGGAAAAGGGGGCCGUGGCGGAUUCCGGCGAAGAGACAUCAUAUUUCGACGAGUAUUCUGACGCCGAAGGAGGAUAUUAAGGUGAGGAUUCGGCCGAGGGAAGGCCUGGAGCAUGUUAGGUGGGAGUUUGUGUGGGAAGAUGAAGCGACUGGGGUGGUCAGCAGUUGA